AUGCGGGAACCAACGGAACAUGCACCAAAGUUACGCGAGGACUUGGCCGAAGAGGUGAAAACCCCGAAUGCACACUAUAACGAAAAAGCAUUGGGAGAGCUACCGAUUCCCAACGCUAUGAUCAAGGAAACAUUCGGAUUGCACGGAGCUGCACCUGGUUCCUUGCCUCGGGAAAUCCCCGAAGGAGGGCAACAUUUUCAGGAUGGUUUCAAGGCGAAACUAGCGAGUCAACCAAACUCAGAUAGCAUUUUCACCCUUUGGGACUGGAGCUAA